UGCGUCUGAGGGAGUGAAACAGCGGACAUGCAUGCCAUAUUUGAAUCUAAAACAGUGAAUACGUGUCAUUUAAUGCCUAAAUCAUACAAAACCACGCUUAACUAAAACAUAAAAUACCGUGCAGACUUCUGUGAGCGCUACUGAGCGAUGAUUCAAACGAAUUAGUGAAUCGUUUCUUGAAACGGGUUCUUCGAACGAUUCACAGGAAUGUUUCAGCCUUUCGACACUUGGCAUUAUUGCCAGACGAGCGCGAGCGCGCAGUAGCAGCAGCAGCAUGACGGCGGUCCGUGUUUCUCUUAGGAGUUCAUGAGUCGUGACACAGAUCAUGGCCGCAGGAAACCGUUUUCAGUCUCAUCAUCGGAUCAUUGAUCUGGAGAGUCCGGCUGAAGAAUACGGUGUUCAUGAUUCAUUCAGUCAGCUGAUUAAUGAACAUAGUCAUGACUUUGAUGCUGAUGUCAUGGAGAUGACCGCGCUUGACCUGGAGGAGGAGGAAGAUGAUGUCAUGGGUCUGGAGGGUCCAGCGUUUCGUCCAGUCACGGAGUUCAGUGACGGACAGCAGCAGACGGAUUCUCUGAUUGGAGAACGCUGGUCAUCUGACACACUCCGAGUUCUCUCCUCUAUGCCCAGUCGAACCAUCGGUCGCAGUCGCGGAGCGAUCAUCUCUCAGUAUUAUAACCGCACCAUGCAGCUGCGCAGACGCAGACAGAGCAGACCCUCCAUCCAGCACUUUCCUCGAUCUGCUCGUCCCAGCAUCCGUGGAUAUCGCGUGGAAACAGACGGCGCCGGUUUUGAAGACGGAGAGAGUAAGAGGGAGCGUUUGGUGAACAAUCUGCAGAAUCUGUCCGUCAGUGAUCGUGUACGUAUGUUGAGAGCGAUGCCUCUGUGUCUGGCUGAGAAGAAAGAGCUCAGGAUGUUGGCCAUGAAUAAAGUGGAACACUCUUUGUCUCAGAGUCAAAUCCCCUGCUGUAGUCAGUUCAAGUAUUACAUCAUCACUGCUGUGAGACACGGCUGGUUCAGCUGGCUGUCUUUUCUGUCAUCGCUGCAGUUGUGGCAGACGGCUCUGAAGUGUGUCGGCGGUCGUUUCGGGACGGGCGUUCUCUCUUACUUCGUCUUCCUCAGAACUCUGGUCUUCUUCAACGUCUUCCUCUUCCUGGUGCCGGGUUUGUUUCUGGUUGUUCCUCAGGCCGUGACGCAUCCACAUCAUGAGCAGAACACCAGCACCUGGGGUCUUGAGAUCCUCACGGGGGCGGGUUAUUUCUCCGAGUCUCUGCUGUAUUACGGUUACUAUAGUAACUACACACUGAGCCGUUGCUCAUGGAUGGUUCAGUCAGGGAACAGGACGUCCUGCAGUUCUUCAUUCUCAUACAACAUGCCUCUGGUUUAUUUCUUCACCAUCGGUGCGGCGUUCUUCAUCACCUGCAUCAUCCUCGUGUACAGCAUGUCAAAGUCCUUCGGUCAGAGUUUUCGCAUCGAUAAAUCUAAAGGACUGUUGGCCAUCAAGGUUUUCAGCUCCUGGGAUUUUAAAGUGAGCAAGAAAACUUCAGUUCGACUCCAGCGUGAGAACAUCGGCACACAACUCAAAGAGCUGGUGGCGGAGGUGAACCGUCAGGAGUUGAAGUUUCCUGUUCUUCAGCGUUUGUUCCGGAUCUUCAUUCACAUGUUGGCGUGGAUCAUGUGUUUGGGCAGCACGUUGUUGUGUGUUCUUGCUGUCUAUUACUUCUCUGAGUAUAGGCACAAGGUACAACAACACACACACGCACACACACGGAGAUGUUUGUCCCCAAUUGACUCUGUUAGACAUUUGACUCUCAUCCCUCUCCCUCUCUCUCUGUGCCCAGCCUUGUGCUGGUCGACAAUGGCGGACCCAAGCCAAACAAAGUGUGAGCGGCUUUCACGCAGGCACGGAAGAAAACUCGUGCCUGUGAUGAAAUGCUCUGUGGAGGAGUGUAGUGAAAAUGUAAAGAGUGUUGAAGAUACAGUGUCCAUGGAUGUUGUUGAGCCAAUAGUGGAGGAAGAAGAGAUAGUGACAGAUAUGGUUGAUGAUGAGACCAUUUUUAAAGUACCUGUCACUAAGCAGAAAAAAGUUACAAAGAGUAGGGUAACAGCAAAAAUGAGCAGACCAACAAGAAAAGUUUUUGAUAAGAUGGAUGACACUGAGGGCAGCACGAUUGAGGAUUCUGAUGAUUUGCUCAGCAUUGAAGCACAAGGCGCUUUGGUCCGCUCACGUUUUCAGAAUUUAACGCAAAUGGAUGCCCCUUCUAAGUUUUUCUUCAGCCUUGAAAGAAAGAAUGGACAGAGUCGGUAUAUUCACUCUUUGCACUCAGAGGAUGGGCAAGGGCUUACAAAGACAUCUGAAAUUAAGAGAAGAGCUGUGCAGUUCUAUGGUGAGCUAUAUAGUAGUGAACACAAGCAAAAUGAGGAGUUGUCUGCUAGUUUCUAUGAAGGUCUGCCGAAUGUCUUGGAGGACUCAAAGGCAGAUCUAGAGAAGCCUCUUUCUGAAGGGGAACUUCUGAAUGCUCUGAAGGACAUGAAGAAUGGAAAAGCCCCUGACGGGAAGCAGGGUGAAGGCUGGCCCGGCUGGGAUGGAGCGGAGCGGAAAGUUGCGGUUCUGACCGUGGCCUUCCGAUAUCUUGAUACGUAUAGAGACUUAUUGCAGGAGGAGGGAGAACGGUCCAAUACCUUCCCAAAGGAACUGUAUCUGUGCGCUGUUCAAGAUCUCAGCCGCUUUCCAGAGUUGGUGGAGGACGUCCUGAAGCUUCAGCGCUGGAGGCAGAGGAGGACAAGGAGAGCCGUAAGAAGCAAGUUCGUCCACUUUUCCGACACUUUCGGCGUAUCGAUGCCUGCCUACAGCCCCGAGAGGCUUUCCGCGGCUCAGAUGAGAGUGAGUCUGAUGAUGAACUGUCAGGCGUCUGGGAAGCCCUGGCGAGCCUGUCAGAUGACCACCAUCUUCAUCACGCUGUUGUGUUUCCCAUCAUUCCUCAGUGCUGCUGUGUGUGUGACAUACACCAUGUGGACGAUAAAGCCGUCCAUCAGCUGCGGACCGUUCCGGGGCUUAAAGACGAUGAUCCAGGCAGGAAAACUGUGGGUGGAAGAUUUGGCCAGUUCGAACUCUAAUCUGUCCUGGCUUACCUGGGCUCACACUUACCUGGUGGAGAAUCCUCUCUUCCUCUUCCUGUCGGCGGGUGUCUUCCUGAUCGUGAUUUACUUUCACAGUCAGGUGGUGGAUGGUCAGAGGAAGAUCAUUGAACUUCUACAGGAACAGAUUGAAAACGAGGGAGAAGAUAAAAAGUUCCUCAUCACACGACUGCAGGACAUCCAUGAACAGAGACGUGUUGUCUCACCACGACGCGUGAGAGGAACCAGUGAGAACUCCAGCUAUUCAUGAGAUGAGUGAAAAUGUCUCAUGCGGAGAAUCUAAAAACAAACUGGAAGAGACAGAAAAAGUGUGGCCGGGCCAGGAUCACACACGUGAACAGAGAAGAGUCUGAUGACGCUUCACAUGAACACAUAUGAUAUAGAUUUAUAUUCUCUAGAGGAAGAUCAGGGUCAACUACUGGAUUAAAGGGAUCUUAACCGGACGCUUGUCACUGGUUUGUUUAGUAAAUCUGUGAAAAUUCCCCCUGGUGACGUCUUUUGUUCGGAGACCGUUUAUUUUUACUGUGAAAAGAGGGAAUGUUUAAUACUCACUGAUGUUGACAGCUGGACUCUUUUACAAAUAAACCUUUUUACAUGAA